UCUAAGUUAGCCAAAGUAACAAGCAAAUAUUUUAUUCUUUGAACAUGUGGAUGCAGCAUUCACUUUUGGCUAUUAUAUAUUAAGCAUCUUAACGAUUUUUAUGACUCCUUAAUUUCAAACAGCCAUAUCAAGUCGUGUUCAAGAGAAAAACCAAGGAAGAUGAUUUCAAAAUCAAUGGAGACGGAAAUAUCGGAAAGUGAAGAUGUAAGAAUUGAAAUGCGCGGUAAUCUAUCGGAACCGGCCGACAACGUUAACCAUGGCUAUGCCCGGGAAUGGGAAUUCUGCAUUCAAAAAUAUGAAACUGUCCAACGUUUAGAACGCAAACGAAAAAUAGAGAAAGUACCUCCAUUGCUCUUAAAGGGUGAAAAGGGUGAAAGAAACCGUCAAUGCUACGAGCCAAUGGUGAUUUCACUUGGCCCUUACCACCAUAAACGAGAUGACCUUGCCGCAGCCGAUAAAUACAAGCUCAUAACCCUCGAGGAGUAUUGUUUGAGCUGCAAAAAAACCAUGGAUUUGUUAUACAAUAAAGUGUUUGAAGUAGUACAAGAUGCUAGAAAAUGUUAUGUCGAUGGUUCUACAGAUGAAUACAACGACGAGCAAUUUACUCGAAUGAUGUUGCGUGAUGGUUGCUUUGUUUUGUUCUUUAUACAUUGCAUUGCUAGCGAGCCGAACACUAUGUUGAUGCUAAAUAUUGAGUAUUUAGGCGCAUUGGGCUUCUUGCACAUAGCUCGUGACAUUUUGUUGCUCGAGAACCAAAUCCCGUUUAUAGUACUCCAAGUUUUGUUGGACUUGCAAUUCCCAGAAGAUAGAGGCGAAAGGAUCUUAAAUGAGUUCUUUAACUACUUGAACUAUGGAGAAAUCACCAAGAAGAAAGAAAAGGUGCUUGAAAAGAAGCAACCACUUCAUCUCCUCGAGCUUUACAGGUCCCAUUUCAUCUCGCUUUCCUCCUCUUUUGGUCAGGUUCCGCAAAAAAAGAUUGGCGUUCAUCAGAAAAAUACUAAUGGAAAAUCGAAUUACGUAAAGCGAAAUCGAUCUUUUGCAUCAGUUACAGAACUCAAAGCUAAAGGGAUUUUCUUGAAACGUACUAACGUCGACGACGAGUCUUCUAAUGAAGACAUCAAGUUUCACUCCCAUUGUUGCUACGGUGAGCUUGAACUUGUGCGUCGGGCAGUAUACUCGAAUUCAAAAGCUAUUUACUUGAACAUGAUCGCUUACGAGUUGUGCCCUCAUAAUCCAAAUGACCUUCGAGUUUCGACUUAUAUUCGAGUAAUGAAAUCGUUGGUUGUUCAUCAUGAUGAUGUAAAGGAGUUACGAGACAACAAGAUAUUGCUUCAUAGUUUUGGACGAGAUGAAGAAGUGGUGAAGAUGUACGAUGAGAUUGAUGUACCGGCGGUUAAUGUCCACUUGUUUAGUCAGCUCCGACGAGGAAUUGAAAAGCACUGUAAUAAUAAGUAUAAGACAUGGGCGGCAGAGCUGAUUAACGUCUACUUUAGUAGUCCAUGGAAGACGGUGGCUUUGUUGGUGGCUACUGCUAUUUUGUUCACUAGUUUUCUGCAGACUUACUUCUCCAUCAGGCCACUUCCGAAUGACUCCAAUCAAGAUAUUGUCAAGCUUUUGAGACGAUGCAUACACUCUAAGCCUCCUUCUGCACCUACUUGAUAUGAAGGAGGGUUUUGCACCAUGUGAGAGACUUGGAGUUCAUCAAAACUGCAUCGGAAACCUACAAACACAUCUCAACCAAUUUUUAAAAGAAAUGAUAGGAUGUUUAACGUUAAGAGUGUUUAGUUAAAGUUAUUAUGAGAGUUGACUUUAAUUACGUUUUCUUUUGAUAUUUAUAUGAGGACAAAUUAUGCCAAUAGUAAUGUAAAAAAGAAUGCAUUUAAUUUUUUAACCAUAAUCAUAAUCAACUUAUAUUCUUCUUUA